GCGCACACAAGGGCCAGAAAAAAAUAAAGAAGAGAAGAAGGCCAAGAUGACAGCGACUGCAGCUCAGCCACUGGCCAAGGAGAUCGGCGAUCUGCUUGCGUCGCUGCCAAAGGAGCUCGGCGCACUCAACUCCUGCCCGACGCUGCCCGAGAAUGUGGCGAGCAUCAUCGACCACACGCUCCUUGCGCCCACUGCGACGCCGAGCGCCAUCCUCGAGACGUGCCGCGAGGCCGUGGAGCUGGGCGCCGCGACCGUCUGCGUCAACUCGUGCAUGGUGCAAUACGCGGCCGAGGCACUGCGGGGCACCGAGGUGCGGCCGAUCUGCACCGUCGGCUUUCCCUUUGGCGCCGCGAGCCCGGCGUCCAAGGCCGAGGAGACGCGCCAGGCCGUUGCCGACGGCGCGCGGGAGAUCGACAUGGUGCAGAACGUCGGCCUGCUCAAGUCUGGCGACUAUGACGCCGUGUACAAUGACAUCGUUGGCGUCGUCGAUGCUGCCAAGACUGGGCAAGCGGCGCCCGUCAAGGUGAUUCUCGAGACGUGCUACCUCUCGCGCGACGAGAUUGCCAUCGCGACACUGCUCUCGUGCCUCGCUGGUGCGGCCUUUGUCAAGACAUCGACGGGCUACGGGACCGGCGGGGCCAAGGCGGAAGACAUCAGGCUGAUGUACGAAAUUGCCAGCAAGAGAAAAGUCCAGGUCAAAGCUAGUGGCGCAGUCAGGACGCUCGAGACCGUCAAGACAAUGGUGGCCAACGGUGCCACGCGCGUUGGUGCCAGUGGGACAAAAGCCAUCGUAGCAGAAGCGCAGGGUACGGGUGACGCAAAGCAGGCUUCCAACAGCGGGUACUAGGGUCAUUAGUUCAUCGAAUUGAAAGAGAAGAAGACUACAUGUUUAUAAUAAUAGUACAUGCAAAUGACAAUCUAGCAGGCUCCGACCUUGACU